AUGGCAAACCCUCCUGGAAUGAUAGAUCCCAGGAUCUUCGAAAGUCUCCAGAGCAAAAUCGACGAGGACGCCGAAGUCAGAGAUCAGAUCCGUGAAGUCCUACAGAGUCUGGACAGGCAAGGCAGAACCGCACAAUCAAUCCUCUCUCGAGCGCAUUCUACACCAGCAGCACAUCUCCAGGCAGUCAUCCAAUCUGCUGAAGCAGCUAUCAAAGAUGAGGUUGAAAGCAUUGGGAAGCUUGCCAAUAUAACCUCCAAUUCCCCAUAUUACAAAUACAAUAACAUGUGGACACGGGACGUCCAGAAUGUAGUAUUCUCAGUGCUCUUCUGUGGAUGGCUUGGUGGGGUGGGAGAAUCCGGUGUAGCUACAGAGCCUGGCAAGCUAUUCACGAUCGAAGAAGUGGGAAAGAUCCUCAACGUCCCUGUCAACCUCAAAGAUCGAGAUGCUUUCCACAUCACCAUCGAGGAAUAUCUUCAGUCACUUAUCACCCUCAUUGAAGAGCUUUCAAGAUUGGCCAUCAACUCAGUCACCCUGGGCGAUUACCAGCGUCCUCUACAGAUCAGCCAAUUCGUCAAAGACAUCCAUGCAGGCUUCCAGAUCUUGAACUUGAAGAAUGAUUCGUUGAGGCGUAGAAGUGACAGCAUCAAGUACAAUGUCAAGAAGAUCGAGGACAUUGUGUAUGAUCUUUCUUUGCGGAAUCUUGUCCCAAAAGCAGAACCAACAGCACCAUGA